AUGGAGACCCAGACCUCUUCCAAUUUGGUUUUCCUUCUUUUGAGAUGGGCGCGGGAUGAUGAAACUUCAAUUGAGACUGGAUUCGAGCGGGUGGAAUCGCUUCUCCUGUGUAUGACUCGGCUGUUGCAAAGCUUGUGUCGAAGCUCUGAAACCGCUUGCGUUGAGGAGGUCUACAAAGCUGCGUGGUGUGCCAUCCAGAUUCGUGCCCAGAACUUUGCAUUUCCAACUCAAGCACUGGUGGAUUCUGUGUUAGCUCCAGCCCCGAGCCCUUUGUGCAGCAUCCUCUACAGUGAGAGAGUCUUCCAAAUGUUGGAGCCUCUGGUUCCAGAAGCUCUGCAAGUCAUGACGAGCGUGCGGAAAUACAACCAACUUAAUAACCUCCAGAAGUUUGGUGGCCUGCCGCCGCCGCCUGAUGAUCUCGAUGGACUUCUGAUGUCGGAGGUCAUCGAGAAAGACAAGAUCAUCCUUGCGUUUGGCCGCCUGGUUGAAGGUGAAUGUCCGGAUCUCUCUGUCCAACAUUGCAUUCACUUGUAUGGGGACAAGGGCUCAGACCCAGAGGCUCCAGGUUUGUCCGCCUUUUCCGUGAACAGCCUUGAGCCAAUUUUGGAAGUAUUGCAAAAGAUCCGUGACCUUGUGAGGGAAGCAGGCGCCGUGCCCUUGUGCGGGGCCUUUCUGGCCAUGCUUUGGCGCGCGCAGCCCAGCAGAAGCUGUAUUACGAGCACCUUCGACAACAAUAUGCAGACCGUGUUGUGUACUGGAGUACAAGAGCGGAAAGUAUUGAGCCAUACGCUGACCUUGAUGAGACGUCAAGGACUAGGCAAUGACCAAAUUGAUGACUCCUACUGGAAGAAAGCAGGUGAACACUGUGACGACGUGCUGCUCAGGACGAAGCGUUGGCUGCACAGCGAGCACUUUAGCUUCAACAUUCUGUUCUACCCCAAGGAAGUUGCCAUGCAAUUGCUUCCACUUGGAUUGCCUGCAGGUUUGGCAGAAAACAAGUCUUUGGCGCAAGACUUGGUUGAUCACGUGAAGAAGUACCUCCCGCUGCUGCGCAAUCCCAUUUUCAAAUUGGAGCGUGCGGCGGAUUGGUUGGAAGGCUGGAUUGGCGGGACGCUCCAAGACUACCCACUUUUGGAUAUCAGUGCGGUACAAAUCAUGUCCGGCCCUUCAGCUGCUGCAGCGCCUCCAAUGUUUGCUCAGCGACCAGACGACUUUGCAGUCCCACCUAAUCGCUUGAAGCUGAAAGCGCCCGAGAAGAAACUGGCAUUGGUCAAGUCCUACACCAAGAGGGCCAAAGUCAGAAUCGUGCACCGAGCAGCGGCUUCCGCUUGGAUGCAGGGAGUACCUUGGGCAGAAGCUUUGGACAUUGCCUCCAAAGCCCUUGCUGCUGCUGAUGGAAUCCCCAGAACACUCGCUUUGUCCAGAAAAGGUAGAGGCAAGGGUAAGGCUAAGGGAAAAGGUCCGGCCAUUGCCAAAGGCAAGGGCCGAUCGAAGUGA